UUGCAUUUGACCUCUCUUCGCCUUUACAACCUUUGGACACUCUUCUGAUGUGUUAAGCAACUUUGCUGAACAGUUUGAUGGAGAGCUGGUCGGAUGACAGCUGGAACUGUUGUCAUAACCGGAGGAAUACUGGCCACAGUGAUACUUCUGUGUAUCAUAGCUGUGCUCUGUUACUGUAGACUCCAGUACUACUGCUGCAAGAAGAAUGGCUCCGACAGUGGCUCCAUCUCUCAGCAACACUUUGCCUGCAACGCCUGCAGUGUCACUGGCCUCGACGGAUCCAUUGUCACGCCACUGUCGCUGUCGCCGCCAGAGCCAGCCAGAUCUUCCAAACCCGCAGAGGGGCGACGCAGCUUCUGCCCCACCUGCUCGCCGUACGACUCGCCCUUCUACAUUCGCACCACGGAUGAGAUGCGCAAUGGCGGCGAGCGCGUCACCUACAUGCCCACACACUAUGAGAAUCAGGCACUGGCAAUGCCGCUGCCCGCCGUCCGAGGCUCCUUGCUGAGGGAGACUCAGCGAGGGCGGCCUCCUGAUUUCUAUACUAAUACCCGAGCCAUCAGCACUGAGGUGUGAUCAGCCCAAACACACACACACUUGCACACAUACACAGACAUACAGUACACACACAUACACACAAACAAGCCAGCACCACAACAGUGAUUUUGACAUAUGGAGCUGCUACCGGUGAGGAUCUGCUGGAUGAAGGCCUGCUGCUGUGCAGGUUACAUUAUCACAUUUAGGGUUUGAGAGUAAUUAAGUGAGGACGGUCUAAAUGUGCUGCUGCAGUGAUGACUCAUAGAUGUAGCUCCUCAUUUCAAACCCUUAAAUCAUAAAUGUUCAAGUUCAUAAAGGCAGUAAUUAUAUAAUUGAUAGUAGAUAAAACUGUAGUGACAAAAUGUCUUCUAAGGAAAAUGUCCUGCGUGAAGGGUCUGUUGUUUGUUGACUGUUACUUUGACUUUACUGACUGAGGGCUAAAUGCUUGACAGACUGAGAGAUAAUAUAUGGGUUUCUCUUGCUGCACAUCUUCCCAAUGACUGCCACAAGGACAAAAAACAAAACUGUACCGCCAAGUAUGUAGCAGCUGUGAAACAACUUUGUCAUAAGCAGGUCGAUGGAGUAUUAAAUAAAGAAGAAAACUCCAAAGAGGAAAGGAAUGAACGGUCAUAAUUCCCCUCUGCAGUUUCUCUGGAAGCAUGUCCGAGUUGCAGGAAAGGUGGAAGAGUGCAGAUGACUGGAGCAGUGUCUAUGCAAGCUGUCUGGCAAAGUAAACUAUUGCAGCUCUUUGUCUCCAGGACUGUCUCCUCUUAAUAAUCUGGAAUAAUCUGAGCAGUGUGGGUGUGUGUGUGUGUGUGUGUAUGUUUGUGCACCCACUGAGAUAUAACAAAUGACAGUGAAUAUUAUACUUAGUAGCAUUUAAAAACUGGAUUUUGAAUACAAUGCACUCUUAAAUGCCACGGUGGUGAGGUUGAAACGAAUGGAUCAGGUAGCUCUUUAUCAACAGUGAUGCAAAAAGAUUGAAAUGUAAAUAUUAACCUGAAAACUUCUUAAGAGAGAGAGAGAGAGAGAGAUGUGAAGUAAAUAUGAUGUACUUUGAAUGGAGGAGUGUGAUUUACUACUUUGUGCUAUUUUGUCUACACACCCCUAAACCUCUGUACUACUCUCAUGUUGACUUUUUGCAAUGCCAUUCACCGUGUCUUUUCUUUUCACAUUUUAUUCACACUGUGAGGAAAGUCAGAGUGCACAUUUAUGUGAUUGAAAACACGCUCACCGUGCUCAUUUUCUCCUUGACACUUUGCCACCAUUGCUUGCCAUUCACAAUAAUAUUUCCUGUGAUAUUUGUCUUUCUGUAUUUCUGUGAACAACAGCAAUCAGUGAGACUGUCUGAGGAAAAACCCUUACUGAUUUGCAUGUCGUGAUAAUGUUGGAUAAAGAGUUUUAGACACGCCGAGUGUUGUCAGUUAAGCAUUAAACUAAAACCACCCUCCCAUAUACAGUAAUAUAACAAAGUUAAAAUUCAUUUAUCAGCUGCAACUUUCUUUCUCGAUUACAUCUUUGUGAAGCUUAAAUAGACACCAACCACAGUGUUGUUAUAUUGCACACACUGCAAGAUCAUUUUACACCUGAAUUGUGGCUUUUUUUUCUGGAUUAAAUAAGAAGGAGAAAUAAAUUAACAGAGAACUGGCGAAUGUAUGUGUAUGGGCUAGAAUCUUUAAAGAGGAUUCAAUGUAAGAAACCUUUUCUCUGUGUGGGUGUUCACUUAUAUAUUCAAUAAUUUCAUCAGUCAUUUAUUUAGCCAUUGUAUUAACUAUAUCUAUUUUACUACUUUACGUAUCUACUUAUCUUUAAACAUGGAAAAAAAUGGAUUUAUAGAAAUGUUGUCGAAAUUGCAAUCAUAUAUGAUGAAUACAGAAACAGUCAUAUUUGACAAUGGUGUUCCCUUUUGACAAUUAAAGAUUUGUAACUGCUUGAAA